UAAUAUUGGUUGCUAUAAAUGAAAACGAGGCUACUGAAUGAGUGCGUUUAAGUUAUUGACGUAAGUACUGUAGUUCAAAUACCCUUACAGUUUAGACAUGAUGGAUGAAAUAGCUGUCUUUUGCUCUUGAAGCACUAUGCUCAGACACUUGUUCGUUUGUUCGUAUCGAUAAAAUAGUUGUUUGAGAAAGAGACUGAAGCAUGCUGUUAAUAUGCGAAAUUCAUACAUAAUAUUCGAAGGAUACUACCAAUCUCCAGCCGUAACGAAGCGCUCGCUGAGCCGCGCCUCCUGCUGCCCCGCCUCUUCGCAUAUUUAUGGUGCUGCACAAUGCAAGCGCAAGUUUCGGGCGAACUGCAGGAUUUUGUAACUUUGAGACCCUAACAAUCACACGAAUUUGCAGAAAAAAAGAAGAAAUUUUGAAAAAGUUGGAAUAACUCGCCUGUGGGGUUCAUUAAAAAGUUCCUUCAAGUUAGACUUAAUAACAGAUGAAUGAUCUGCUUUUGGGAAUAAGGAUGCCAGCCUAGGACCCAGUAGUGGCACGUUCACUGGGACAUCGACCCCUCCCCAGCCCCCUCCCUGGCUGAGGUGCCCCUCCUUAGCUGGGCGACAUGGGUCGCACCCCCAUGAAAGACCAAAAAGGAGGGAAAAGGGAAAAGCCUGGAAAGGGCAGCACCUCCUUGGAUUCCUGCCUCCCUGCCAAAGACACGUUCAGUUGGGAGGAAUAUCUGAAGGAGACGUCGUCCACGCCUGCUCCUCCCAGCUGCUUCAGACAGUCAAGGGUCCCCCCCAGCAAUGAUUUCAAGGUGGGCAUGAAGCUGGAGGCGCGCGACCCCCGUAACUCUACCUCUGUCUGCAUCGCCUCCGUGAUGGGCCUGGCUGGUAUGCGAGUUCGCCUGCGACUGGACGGCAGCGACAACACCAAUGACUUCUGGAGGCUGGUGGACUCGUCCGACAUCCAGGCUGUCGGAACCUGUGAGAGGGCGGGGGGCAUGCUGCAGCCUCCGCUGGGAUUCAGGAUGAACGCGUCAUCGUGGCCCAUGUUUCUGCUAAGGACCUUAAGUGGGGCAGAGAUCGCACCCCCAACGGCUUUCAAAAAGGAGCCGGCGAGGGCAUCUCAGAACAACUUCCGGGCCGGAAUGAAGCUGGAGGCCGUAGACAGGAAGAACCCCUAUCUCAUCUGCCCCGCCACCAUCGGCGACGUCAAAGGUGACGACGUCUUCAUCACAUUCGACGGCUGGAGAGGCGCCUUUGACUACUGGUGCAAGUACGAUUCACGGGACAUCUUCCCCGCGGGCUGGUGCUUAACGACCAGGCACAGCCUGCAACCGCCUGGAAACAGCAUCACCCUCCUGAAGAACUUGCGGAUUCCCGUCUGGUCCCCGGCCAAACCCUCCCAGCGUUCCAUGCAGUCCCCGUACCGCCUGAGUGCUCCGCUGCCCCCCCUGCCUGUUAGGAAGGGGGUGCGCGGCCGGCGUCCCAAGAGUCAGACUCUGGCACUGCUGAAGGCGGUGGCAGCCGCUCAGGCCGGCGGCCCUCAGGGCGGGAAGACGGCCCCCGGCUCGCAGCUCGCACCCAGGCCGUACAAGAAGAGGGGCCCCAAACCAGGGAGCAAGAGGAAGUCCCGGCUGCUUCCCGUUCCUAUGGCUACUCCCGCUGCACUUCCCAAGACCCGCCAGUCCAGCCUUCAGCUCUCCAACGAUGGAGCCACCCACCUUAGUACCAGCCCUUCCGUCACCUGUACAGUGUGCGUCUACGUCAACAAGCACGGUGACUGCGGCCCGCUCCUGGACCGCAAGCUGAUGCAGCAGCUGCCCGACCACUUCGGACCCGGACCGGUGAACAUGGUGCUGCAGCAGGCGGUCCAGGCCUGCGUGGACUGCGCCUACCAGCCGAAGGCCCUGUUCAGCUUCCUACAGGCCCAGUCUGACGGGGGCGAGGUCAUUAAAGUGCGCGCCGAUGGGGGCAUUCACUGCGUCCACCUGCCACUGGCAAGCAGUGCAUCCUUUGUGCUGCGUUUCCUGGAGACGCUGUGCCAGCACCUGCAAUGCGAGAACUUGUUCAGCAGCCAGCCGUUCAGCUCCUACGCCUACGACCGCAGCAAGGCAGUUAAAGAAGAGACAUCAGAUGUUCUCAGCAUAAACCGAGGGACCAAGCGCUUCCCCAAGGACCCGCCCCCAUACGCUGCCCCCCUGUCCCCUAAGCUCUUGCGUAAGGAAGUACAUCCCUCAGAAGCGGAAACCCUGCCGCAUGAGGAAGGAGGCCCACUGAUGGAGCAGCGUUUCCCAGAUGACUCCAUGGAUUCUGCCUCCAGCUCCAUAAAGUCACGACCGCCAGCAGUGCGCAGCUCCUCCGAGUACCGGACCCAAGCCAGCAGUCCGUACUACCCCGGGCAGCCCCUGGCUCUGCGCUGCCACUCCUCCAGCGCCCCUGAGCUGGGCUCAACGCGACUACACAGACGAGUGGAAGCAGCUAGUUCCACCACUGGCCCUGACCUCCAGACUGCGGACCGGGAGCCGCCCCGGCACUCAGACCCGAGCCCGGUGACCUGGUCCAUUGAGGAGGUGAUCCAGUUUGUGCGAGAGGCCGACCCACUGACCCUGGGUCCCCACGCUGAGCUGUUCCGAAAGCAUGAGAUCGACGGCAAGGCACUGCUGCUGCUGCGGAGUGACAUGAUCAUGAAGUACAUGGGGCUCAAACUGGGCCCUGCGCUCAAGCUUUGCUACCACAUCGAGAGGCUCAAGCAGGGGAAGCCCUAGUAGGACACACCCCAGCCACAAGGGGGCGCUCUCUCAGAUCAGCACAGGAGUGUCCUGCUCCUGUGUGUCCCUUACAAAUGCUUUUUUUUUUCUAGUGGUUGUUUUUUUCCAUAGAAAAUUUAUUUAUAUACUGCAGUGACCACAGUACCUCAUUCUUAUCAGCCAAUCAAGCGAGGAGUACAGUAUUGUCAGCUGAAUCCCAAAGGAGAAUGUCAAGUGUUUACAUAUUUGUACAGUACAUACACACUGACUCAUAUUUGUUUUUCCUUUAAGAAAUACAAAUAUUUGGUUUGAGUUCACAUUUUACCCACAUAUUACUUCGGCAAACUGAAGCGGCUAUUUUUUACAAAAAUGUUUGAAUCGAUUCAUUUUUAUACAAUGUUUUCUGGCUGUUUACAUUUUUUAUCUCGAAGUGUAAGAGACCUGUUACGUUCUUAAUUUUUAAAUAACCUUUUUUUAUGGCAGCUGCGUGUCCCUCAUACCGGCUGGUGAAUGUGGAAGGGCAAAUUUUGCCACAUUUGACCAUGAGCCGCCAUUAGGGAGAAAAAAGACUGGAGUCUCCUGUUUAUCGCGAAGCAGAUAUCAGGUCCCUUCGCAAACAAAAACACGAGCUUUGUGUGCAUAAAUAGAGCUGAAGAGGAACUGGCGUGUUUUCAGGCUGUACGGACGGUCUUUUUAUUUGCUGCCUCACCUGCAGCCAAUGGACAGAGAAUCGUCCAUGUGCCAGUUGGGGGGGGGGGGGGCACUCGGGCCUCUCCUUUUAACAUCAACUGUUCAGCCUUUUUUUUUUUUCUUCUUUCAGUUUUUUGAUAUAGAUAUUUUGGACCAGCUCCCAUUGCUGAUUGCGAGACUCCUGGAGCUAAGAACUUGCCAGUCGUUCCUGCGUUUCUGCUUCAGGACCGUGGAUCUCUGUUCAUUGACUCGUACCCAGGCAGCUCCUGGCUCCCCGCCCCCCUCGGCUCUUCAUGAGUUUUCUGUUAUGAUCAUUAAGCAGAGAACUGAACCAGGCCAGGCCUACAAGGGAAGCUGAGCCUGCCUGCCGUGUGUGUGUGUGUGUGUGUGUGUGUGUGUGACUGGUGCUCAGGUGGCUUAUCCUGUCUCUUCAUAUUCGCUAGGGCCAUCGCUCGGUUCCAGGGGCUGGAAAGACAAUCUGGAAAUAGGUCUUCAGUCAUCGCUCUUUUGCGGCAGCUGACGUUGAUGUUUUUAAGAUGGGAACCGUAGCCGUGGUCCCCCUUGCCCCUUACCUCACUCAGCCACCCUCAGCUCCAUAACUCAUCUCCGUCAGAGGCCAGGACAGUGCGCGCGAGGCAUGUCCGAGCUCACUCCGGUCUGCAGCGUGUUGGUGCUGCUUCUGAAGGCCGGGGGUGUCAGGGAGGUGAGCUGGCUUGGGCUCCGCUGGGAUCUGACUGCUGCCCCCUGCUGGCGGUGCUUAUGUGCCAACCUGCUGAUUAGUGUCAUGUUACCUUCAAGCCAUGUUCAUUACCGGGUCAUGUAGCACUGGGGGAGGGGUGUUCCAUGAAGCAGGAUUUCUUGCUUAGCUUGUUACAUUUAAGGUAGUCUGGGCUAAAUUAACUUCAUCUUCGUUCACUUACAUUUAGCUCAGACUACCUUAAAUCCAACAAGUUAUCCGGCUAAGCAACAUAUCCUGCUUUGUGGAAUACCCCCCUGGUCUGUUCAGCCAUCUGCAAACUUGCAGGUCUUUUAAAAAACAAAAAUGCUGUUAUGCAAAUGCUCCCCCCCCCCCCACUUUAAACACUGUAGAUACUUUAUUUACGAGUCCAAUAUUUCUCAGCUGGUGCAUCAUAAAUGAAGCAGUGGAAUUGAAACAAGCUGUGUGCACAGAAGGCGGCAGUGUGAGCUGGAGCAGAACCCCGCUUGUCCUUUUAAGUGUGUUUUCUUCCCAUGGGUUUAUCGCACAUGUUGCAGGAGCCCCCAGGCAUAGUUAAAAAGUACGGGGCCCUUAUGUGAUAUACAAACCAGCCAGCAAGUGGCAAUAGGUCCGUCAGGGCUGCUCAUUGUAUUACGGCUCCGUGAAAUGUAUGCAUUUUGCCCAGCCUAAGGGUUCAGUGAUGAUGAUGAGGUGGCACUGAGCGACACUGCGCCUCGCAGCUUGCCCUUCUGGGCUGGGGCCGGCUCCUCUGGCUUUCACCCUAAGGGCUGACAGCGUUUGUGCUGGGAAGUUAGUGUCGCCUCAUCUACAGCCAUGUGCCAAAUGCCAGAUCACGGAAAGAGCAGCAAGUCUCCAGCCGUGGGUUGCUGUGUUGGCUUGUGUUCUUAACAAGAAAAACUAGGUGCAAUAAGGGAGAUGUGUGCAAGAUUCAGAAACUUAAACACUGCGCAAGAUUCCGAUUGAACACGACAGGUACUUCCUGUGUUGCUCAGCUGUGACGCAGGCAGACUUCCUGCAGGCUAGCUGCGCAGACGUCGGGUUCUGCGACGCUCAUCCUGCUCCGAGCGUUGGCCAUGGAGACCCAGCGCAUGUUUCCUGCCUUCAGGUCAGGGAGCAUCCCUAUGUCGUCAAUAGGUGAUCGUCGUUUUUUGUAACUCAAAAAGACAAAUGGUAAAAACCUAAAGCACCGAUCCCCAAGGAUUUACAUUCUAUAUAAACCUGCCUGCCCAAUGAAAGCCGCUUAAAGACACCCUGUACUGCCGAUGGUUACAGACCUCCCAAGCACUGUCACAAAGAGGAAUGUACAUAUUGUAGACAUACAUUUUAAACAUUUGAUGUGUGAAAAGGCUUUUUUUUUCCCCAAUAGAGAAGAGCUUAACACAAUUUGUUGACAACUGCCGUUUUAUACGACUGGUUUUUGUGCGCUCCCAGUCCAUUGUGUACUCCCAGUCCAUGUGUGAUCUCUCAGGUUCUCGGUGCUCGGAUUCCCAGCUGUACUGCAGGAUUUCGGUUCGUUCAGAUGUUGUCAGUCACUCUUGUCAUGAUUUUUAAAAACAAUAAACAGAACAAAAAUCA